UUCACAGCCAGGUAAAUGUUUUAUGUUUGAUUGUUUUAAUUUUUAUAAUUUGAUUGUUCGUAUUAAUUUUUGUUGUAUAUAGUUCAUUAUACAUAGUACAUACUUAUCUCAUUAAAAUUAUUUGUGACAGGUCACCUUAUUGGCAAGAAAUGGUUGAUGCCCUUACCAUUUGUGGGGCGGGGUUAAAAGCCCCUUCUGAGUUUGAUUUGAGGGGACCCAUUUUGACUGAAUUGGUGAAUGAUGUGAAGAAAGAAUUGGGUGAUCAACGCCAAAUAUGGAGCACUAAAGGUUGCACCAUCAUGACUGAUGGUUGGACAGACAGGAGAAAUAGAACUCUCCUUAAUUUUCUUGUUUCUUCCGCAGGGGGCACCGUUUUCAUCAAGUCUAUUGAUGCCUCCGCCCAUUGCAAGAAUGCCACCUACCUAUGUGAGCAGAUAGAGGAGGUGAUUAAUGAGGUGGGUGAAGAGAACGUGGUACAGGUGGUGACUGACAAUGCACCAAAUUAUGUUGCUGCAGGCAGACUAUUGAUGGAGAGGCGCCCAUCUAUAGUUUGGACUCCAUGUGCCGCCCAUUGCAUUGACCUCAUGUUAGAGGAUAUUGGAAAACUUCCAUGGGUCAAGACAUGUGUAGAAAAGGCAAGAAAUGUGUGCAAAUUUGUAUAUAAUCAUUCAUGGGUGUUGGCUCUUAUGAGACAAUACACAGAGCAUAAGGAGUUAGCUCGUCCAGGAAUCACAAGAUUUGCCACAAACUUCAUCACAUUGCAGUCCAUGCUUCGUUGUAAGAUGGCCUUGAGACGUAUGAUUGUUGGUGAGGAGUGGUCUUCCUCAUCCUAUGCUGCCACCCCAGCAGGGAAAGAUAUGGCAGACUGCAUUUUUGAUGAGCGAGGCUUUUGGAGCCCUUGUGAUGAGAUAGUGAAGUUUGUUAAGCCCUUGGUGGUUUUGUUGCGAGUUGCGGAUGGAGAAAAGCCCGCAAUGGGCUACAUAUAUGAGGGCAUGGAUAGGGCGAAAGAGGGCAUCAAAUCUAUCUAUGCAGGAGAUGAGAGCAAGUAUGGUCCCAUUUGGCAGAUCAUUGAUAAGAGAUGGCAUCAUCAGCUUCAUAGGCCCAUCCAUGCAGCAGCCUAUUAUUUGAAUCCGGCAUUCCAUUUUAGCCCUACUUUCAGGGCUGAUGCGGAGGUCCUUGAUGGGCUAUACUCAGUCAUGGAGAAGAUGGCACCUGUUGGUUGUACUCAGACAGAUCUUAUGCGAGAGCUACAGUUGUUCUCAAAUGCACAAGGGGAGACCUUUUCUCGUCCUAUCGCCAAAGAAAGUAGGACAACUAUGAUGCCAGAUAAUUGGUGGAGCUUUUUUGGCCCAACGACACCAAAUCUUCAGAAGUUGGCCAUUCGCAUCUUGAGCCAACCAUGCAGUGCAUCUGGUUGUGAGCGCAAUUGGAGUAUGUUUGAGCACAUACACUCCAAGAGGCGCAAUAGAUUAUCCGUGGAGAAGAUGAAUGAUCUUAUCUUUGUUCACUACAACCUCCGCCUGAGAAUGAGAAAGAAUGCAUUAGCUGACAUCUCUCCUAUCAUUCUAGAUGAGGUUGAUCCUGAGACAGAGUGGGCCAUUGAGACAGAUCCUGUGGCUGUCUUUAGUGAUGAUGACACUGAUUGGAUCGACCAGGUAGAUAUAGAGGCUGAGGUUGUAGCCAUGGCAGAGGAGGAGUAGAGAGCACGAGCAGAGAGAGGAGAUUCAGAGGCAGAUGGUGAUAGUGACACAGAUGGUGACAGUGACACAGAUGGUGACAGUGACACAGAUGUUCCUGAUGUUGGUGAGCAUGGCGUGGUGUCACGAGGAGCGGCUAUGGCUGCCCAAUCAUCUAUGACCUACCUUAGACGCCUUCGUAGGGGGCCGGGGCCUUCAUCGGAGCCGACGUCGGGGCCGGAGGGUGCAGACUCCUCUGCGCCAUAGGCUUGUAGAUGUAUUUACCUUUGUUAUUUGUAUGGAACAUUUGAUGAUGAUCAUAUGAUGACAUGGAUUUUUUAUUCCAUGAGUUUUGUAAUAUUGUAUACAUUUGACAAUAUUUAUAUAUCUAUGUUUGUUAUUUCCUUCAA